AUUUUAAAAAACAUUCACGUCGACUCGACUUCGCCGGGCAAUUUUCUUGUUCGUCCUAUUUUAAACCCCUUUUUCAACUAUUCCUUUGGAAAUUCAUCCAAAAUUAAACUCUCAAUGAGUGAGGAUUUUAUUUUCUAACAUGGCUGAGUCAAUAACAACGCGUUGUGCCAAGUUGAAUCAAAUUUUCUUGAGCAAAAAUGGCGGGCGAAAGGCGAGCAGUGUUCUUUCCAAGGAGACGCUUCUUGAUGCAUUUUUGGUUCUCUUUGACGAGUGUAAAUCAGAAGAACUAUUCAAGGACAAGAAUAUGUCAUCAUUUGUAAAGAAGUAUUCUCCGACGGUAGAAGAAUUAAGAAAACUUUGCUUAAAUAAAGAUGAUUUUGAUGUCAUAAAUACGAUAGGAAGGGGACAUUUUGGACAGGUCCAAGUGGUUAAAGAUAAGCACAGCGGAGAUGUGUAUGCAAUGAAGACUCUGAAUAAGUCUCAAACACUUGCCCAAGAAAGUGUUGCAUUUUAUGAAGAGGAGCGAGAGAUCAUGGCAACAGCCAACAAUCCCUGGAUCACCGCUCUUCAAUAUGCCUUCCAAGACYGCCACUGUCUGUAUUUUGUGAUGGAGUAUCAACCUGGUGGAGACUUGCUGUCUCUACUCAAUAAAUAUGAUGAUAUCUUUGAGGAAGAUAUGGCAAGGUUUUACCUGGCGGAGAUAGUCAUGGCUAUUCACAGUUUACAUGUGCUUGGAUUCGUACAUAGGGAUGUCAAGCCAGACAAUGUCCUUAUUGACAGGACAGGACACAUCAAGCUAGCAGACUUUGGAUCAUCAGCCAGACUAUCUGCUGACAGAAUGGUCUACUCUAAGAUGCCAGUAGGCACCCCAGAGUACAUAGCGCCUGAGGUUCUCACCAGUAUGGAUGGUUCAGGUGGCCCUUAUGGUGUCGAGUGUGACUGGUGGUCCCUGGGUGUGGUUGCUUAUGAAAUGCUCUGUGGACAGACACCUUUUGAGGCUGAUUCUGUGGUAAUUACCUACAGCAAAAUCAUGAACUAUAAGUCAUCAAUGCGUUUUCCUCCUGAUCUGAAGAUAAGUGCAGAAGCAAAGAACCUUAUUCUGUCCCUUUGUACUGGGAGUAAAGACAGGCUGGGAUAUGACGGCAUUGGAUGCCACCAGUUCUUUAAUGGGAUUGAAUGGGAAAAGCUUCAGACUACUGUUCCACCUUUUGUGCCCACACUGGAAGGUACUGACGACACUUCUAAUUUUGAUGAAUUUGAGCCUGACAGUCCUGAUCCGACAGACCAUCUGCAGAAAUACAGCCAGAAGGGUUUUGUUGGCAAAGACUUGCCUUUUGUAGGCUUUUCUUUCAUCAAGCAUAUUCCAUCUCCAGGGUCUCCACGAAGACAAUCCAGUCUUACCCUUUCACCAGCAAAUGCCCAGCAGUCAACCAGCCUUGAGAAACGUCUCAACAUGAAGGCCAAAGAGUUGAAAGAUGCAUUAAAUUCAUGUCAUGUCCUGACUACAGAAAAAGAAAACAUGAUCAAGUCUUUAGACGAUCUGAAAAAUACUUUGUCUGAAAAAGAGAAAGCAUUAAGAAUUGCUGAGAAUGAAAGAGAUUUGAUGGAAAAAGAAAAAGUGCUGUUUGACUCUCAAAUUAAGGAUUUACAAAGAAGGCUUGACUCAGAAAGAGCUGAGAGGAACAAUACCGACUUCAAAACCCUGAAACUCAUUACAGAAAUCAAACAGAACAGCAGAAAAGUAGAAGAAAUGAGAGACCAGGAAACUAAAGCAAGUAUUGAGGACCAGCAACAAAUAAUCUCUGAAUUGGAACAAGAAAGAUUUAUUGCCAACAAGAGAGCUCACAGACUGGAAGAAGAAUUGAAAACACAGGAAUCCGUGAUAGAGGAAAGCAAACACAGAGUCAAUGAUCUUCAUUCUAGAAUCUCAAAGAUGAAUGAAGAAGCCAGGCGUAGCAUGGAGGAAUGGCAAGCCAAACUAAACAAGGUCUCUGAGGACAGCCAGUGUCGUAUCAAUGAACUGCAAGACAAACUGAAUAAGUCAUUGAAUUCUUGUCAAGAAGCCACAGACUUGCUGGAAAAUGUCAGAAGAGCUAAAAUUGACCUUGAAAAGCAAUUAAAAGUAAUGCAAGAAGAGAAAAAGAAAAGUGAAAAAGAUGAAACAGAUGGAAAGAAGGCUUGUGGGGAGUUCCAAAAUCAACUUAAUGAAGAAGGCAAUUUCCGUGAAAGGUACAAGGAAAAAGCAGCUGAACUAAGGAAAAUGUCAUCUAAAGUCAUGGAUUUGGAAGACAAGCUGAUCAAAAACCAGCGAGAAAUGAAGAAGCUUGAACGAGAAGUUACAAGUAAACAAACCAUUGAAGAAAAGUUACAGACAAAAGAGAAAGAACUUACCACAGCCAACCGUUACAAGAGACAACUAGAAUCAACCAUUAAGAAGCUGCAAGAAGAACAAGAUGAGAAAGAUAAGGCCAUUGAAGCAAGGGACAUGAAAAUCAAGGUUCUGCAAGCAAGAAGUGAAGAGCAAAGUAUUAAUGAUGUAGGCAUACCUGCUACUUCACGACCAGAAGAUCUUGCCUUGAUGGAGCAACUGAAGCAGGAAAAAGAAGACAUUGAAAAGGAAUUGCAGAAUCAACAACAGAGAAAUCAGAGUCUGUUAGACAAAAUCCGCACAUCUGAAGACAAAAUAUUUGAGGCACAAAGUGAAAUUUCAGAGCUUCAAAGCACAAACAAGUCUCUAGAGGAUGCUGUACGGAAACUAGAGAAUGAGAUCGAUGAGAAGUUACUAAAGCAAGAAAUGAAAGCAGCAAGUUUGCUAGCAUUUGAUGACCUUGAACUACAAGAACGAGCAGAGAUUGCACUGGAACUGCAGCACAAGUUGCAAGAGACGAUGAAAGACGUUGAAAUCCUUGAGUCCCAGAAAAAGGAAUUAGAAUUGAAACUUGAUAGCUUGAACGAACAGUACGCAAAGACCAAUGUACGACAAGAAAAGAUGGAAGAUGAGCUAAAAGAAAAGCAACGAAAACUGGAGGGACAAGAACUGACUAUUUCAAUGCUCAAGUCUACGUGUUCCAUGCUGGAAAGCCAAGUGGAAGAACUAGAAAUCAUGAAUGAAGCAUAUGAAGAGAAGCAAGCGAAAUGGGAAGCAACAAGGAAAAACCUCGAAAGGAGUAACGAAAAAGAUGAACUAGUUAUAGCGGAGAUCAAACGAUCGGCAGAACAAGAUAAGCUAGCGAGAUCAGUAGCCGAGGAAAAGCUAGCUAAAUCACAGAAAGAUCUGGACGAACUACAGAUAGCUCACAUUAAAGAAGUGGACGAGACAAAUGAGAAACUGAAAAGACAACGAGAACGCACCGAUGAACUCACACAAUCGCUUGGAGAAGCAGAGAAGAAACAUGGAAUGGUGGCCGUGGAACUGAAGUCGGUACAGCGAAAACUGCAACUGGAGAUUAAAUCAAACAAUAAAUACAAGAUUGAGAACGAGAGACUGGAGUCCCAAAUCUCCAACCUCAAAGCCACCAACUUCCAAAUCAACCAGAACAUUGCAUCAGUAAUGGAGAAGUUCGAGGAGGUGAAUAACCAGAGAGCUGCUCUGGCAGAACAGCUGGAUGUGAUGGAAUCAUCUUAUGCCGAAGAGAGGCUCAAGCUAGAGGCAACCAAAGCACAACAGACAAAGCUGAUUGACUUCUUACAGUACAAGACUGAAGGACAAAAUAUGAAAAAGAAGAAACUUAUUGGUGGAGGAGGAAAAACAUGGCGUAAACAGCACCAUGAUGAACGUAAUGUUAUACCUAAACAAUGGAAAGACAUGCAACAAGCACUCGAGAAAGAACGAGCAUCUAGUCUGAAACUACAAACAGARCUAAACAGGACUAAAGCUGAACUACAAACCGCUAAAAUGGAAGUUGCUGAAUGGAAAUCCCAGUGUCAGAACGCGACAAUCUCCAACAGAAAACCAGUACAAAAAGUAGCUGUGCUAUCAGCCUURCAACAGUCUCCUAGCAACCAGCAAGCACCUAAGAACACCCUUAAAAACAGUAACCCAGCUGGGAAACCACCUCUACCUACUGAACCAACAGUUCAUAGACCUAAGGAAAGAAUGCACCAUAAUAUUCCACACAGGUUUGUUAAUGCAUUAAACAUGAGGCCUGUCAAGUGYGCUGUUUGUCUGGACACGGUACAUUUUGGACGACAGUCCUGUAAAUGCGCAGAAUGCAGCUCAGUCUGCCACAACAAGUGCGCACCACACCUAUCCCACACUUGUGGACUUCCUUCGCAGUUUGUAGAACAUUUCAGUGAGGCGCUGAGUGAUAACAAGACAGAUUCACCUGUUAAGUCUUCUUCUACAUCAUCUCUGAAUGGAGGGAUAGAGAACUGGAUGAAAGUACCAAGUGGUUCAGUAAAAUAUGGCUGGGAGAAGAAGUGGGUGAUGUUACGUGAUAACAAGAUUCAGUUGUUUGAUAAAGAGAAUGUUAAAGACAAAACGUCUCCCAUAGAAAUUCUUCACCUGGAUGGCACUGAUGGUCACGUGACCAUUCAUUCAUCAGUGAUGUCAUCAGAGUUGCUAGGCACAGCUCCUACUGACCUCCCUUACAUUCUAAGGAUCGAGUCACGCCCCAAGUGUUGGCCUGUACAGAACCUGUACUUUAUGGCCCCUAGCUUUGCUGACAAGCAAAAAUGGGUGGUGGCUCUGGAGAAUACACUGAAUCAGAUCAAGAAGGCUAUUCAGAGCAACAGUGAUGAGAAACUGUUUGGUAACAGCUUGUUAUAUCUUGAGAAUAGUGAUAAGAUCGACAUCAACUGUUCACAGCUGCUAAGUGAUGAGCUGUUGCUUCUUGGUGCAGAGGAGGGGCUGUUUUCAAUGUCUCUUUCGAAACCUGGCCAUGGCUCUCAUCGUGUUAUUCCUGGCAUUGAGAAAGUCUUCCAGAUUGAUGUUAUACCUGAACUGAAUAUUGCCAUCAUGCUGACUGGCAAGGAACGUCACCUCUGCAGUGUUGAUCUGAAGCAACUCAAUUCACGUGGCAAGCAAGUUAAUUCUGAAGUUCCUCUAACACCGCUGACCUCACAGACCAUCGAGAAGAUCAAAAACUGUCACUUGUUUGCCAUGGGACAGUACGAUGGCAGUUAUUACGUAUGUGCAGCCACGCCCAACAAGCUUCAUCUUCUACGCUUCAAUGCUGGCAUGAACGCCUUCUGCACCAGAAAGGAGAUUGAUACUGCUGAUCCUUGUAACUGCAUUCAUUUUGCUGACACUAGUGUAGUGUACGGUACCGGCAAGUUUUAUAGUUUGGACUUGAGGCAGUACAAUAUUUCAGAGUUCCUAGAUGCUCAGGACACCUCCCUAGCCUUUGCUGUGUAUGGUGCAGCACAGCUGAACAUCUUCCCUAUCGCUGUGCUUGACGUCACUUCCGCCGGAUGUAAAGACAGGGAAUUUCUUCUCUGUUACAAUGAAUUUGGUGUUUUUGUUAAUUCUUCUGGUYGUCAGACAAGACAGAAGACCUUGAUGUGGACUCGACUACCCCUAGCGUUUGCGUACAAGAAGCCAUUCCUGUUCGUCACUCACUUCAACUCCAUUGAUGUAUGUGAGAUUCCACCAAGCAAUUCUCCUGAUGUCCAUUCAUUCACGCAUAAGUUUAUGGAGAUCCAGAAUCCACGAGUUCUCGGUCCAGCAGUCUUACCCGGAGCGGUCUACAUCGUGUCCUCUUUACAAGACAGCGUUGAAAUGCUUUGUUUCCAAGGCAGCUCUGCCGCUACCUCAUCGUGCCAGAGCGACGAAGACUUCUCCGAUUUCUCUCACUUGUCGGAAAUGCUUCGGUCUAUCUCCGCCACGUCGUUGGCUUCCGAGAUUGGCUCGCCAGGCCGACACAAUGACGAUGAGAAAACGAAAACUCCCGGCAAUCCCAAAAAGAGGCGUAGUUCAUUUUUAUCCAACGGUCCGUUCAGGUCCCCAAGUAUGAGGAAGAGGAAAUGCUAUGAAGUCAAUCACUAAUUGUCAUUGAUGUUUGCCAGAAUUUUGACUUAUGGACUAUAACCAAUAUUACUCCUAAAAGCAAUGCUAUAUGUACCAACCUGGGUUAGUUCAGCAUAGUUCUAAUUUCCCAUCACAUUUUAACUAUCUUUGUUCAUUCUUUCCMCUCUUCCCUUAAUCAGUUCUAAUCCCAAUCCCAUCACAUUAAUUUUCAUUUGAAUCCAUCCUUUUGGAAUUAUGUUAGCCAGGAUGAAUGGAGAAUGCUACAGAUGUAUAUAGAACACAAAUAAAUAAUUAUAGUAGACACCUUUGGUGAUUAACACCGACAGCACACUGCUACGAAGAGUCUAGRGAUUUGCUACCAACAAUAAGGAUUACAAGACGAUAUCGCCGGACCAGUUCGAAGAAAUCCCAUUUUGGGAUGUAGACCUGUUCAUAUGUUUCUACGGUCUUACAAACUUUCUUUCAUGCCUUCUGGUAAGGGCAAAUUGAUUGUUCUAAUCUACACUCGAAGUUAUGAUAAGCAACACUGCCGUGUGACUAUACUAGGAAUAAUUCACCGUCGAAGUACUAAUUUUGUUACCGAUUGGAUUUUAUAGUUUCAAGCCUCUUUCGCUUUAGUUUGGAAGAGUAAAUCUGGGGAGUGGAGCAAAUUGACCUCUUCGGCUUGGUGGUAAUGUUUUCCCAUUUCAGACCACGUGUCAUUCCCUUGAGAAUAAGAUUCCUUUGUUUGAGCUGUAUCCAUAUUCAGGUGUCUUCUCAUGUCAAUCGCGCGCAAACCUUAAACAAAGAAAUGAUGCUCUAGGGAAUGACAUGUGGUCUGAAAUGGGAAAACAUUACGUCAGAGCCGAGGAGGUCUAUUGACCUAUUGGGGAACAAGUGGGGUAGUCAUUUACUUGCAAGGCUUAAGUUAAGAAAACCACACCUAUUUUUAUAUAGAUAAUUGURAAUAAUAUGAAUUUGUGCCACCAAUAAUACAAUAUAUUAAAGCAUGUUUAAUUAACUCGUAA